UGUCACACACAGCACACUACUGGACUACACAUACUAGUCAUAGGGUCUAAUCAGCUUUAUUCGCUUCAAUCCAUUUUGCGUUGUUUACUUUUAGUAAUCCGCAAAUUCUUAGCCCUGACAGGCUCCCCAAUGAAGUUUCUCUGGUUUCGAUGUGACAUUAUUAUUCCUUCAACUGCAUUAGCAGUAUUUGUAGUUCUGUUAGCUUUGCUUGGAUUUAUCAUUAAGAAAGAACUUGAAGGUUCUGAAAAUACGGAAAGACAUUGCAGCAUGGCAGAGGAAGCCCUAACAAGUCAUGAGAAGUUUAAGUCAGAGGGCCAUACUGCUUUUGUUUUAGGAUAUACUGGAGAAGUUGGGAAAGUUUUAGUGGAGGAGCUGAAUGAUUUAAAGCUCUUCAAGAAAGUUGUUCUUAUUGGACGUCGACAAAUUCCUCUCAAUCUUGGACCAGAAUUUGAACAAAAAGUGAUUGAUUUUGAAAACAUUGAUGAACAUAAAGAUGUCUUUGAAAACCUUGACAUUGGAUUCUGUUGCUUGGGAACAACACGAGCCAAAUCUGGAGUGCAAGGUUUCAUCAGAGUAGACCAUGACUAUGUUCUUCUGGCUGCUGAAAUAGCAAAAGCUCAAGGCUGUAAACAUUUUUCAUUGGUAUCAUCCCAGGGUGCGGACAAAAAUAGUAGCUUUCUGUAUCCCAGAACAAAGGGCCAAGUUGAAGAAGCGCUAAAAGUGAUGCAUUUCAAUAGAUUAUCAAUAUACAGACCAGGUGUCCUUAUGUGUGAUCGCCAGGAGAGUCGUCCAAUGGAAGCAGCAGUCAGGGUCGUUCUUAAGCCAUUGUCCUACUUUUUCCCAACUGCCAUCACAACUCCGGUGCAGAUUAUGGCUAGGGCAAUGAUCAACAAUGCCAUAUCUUCAACAAACAUUUCAACUGAACUCUAUGACAACAAAGCCAUUCAUCAGCUGUCUGGUAUUUCCAAAGGAUGCAGCAAUCUGAAAAGGAGUUUGUCCGCUCCAGAGAGCACUAAGACUAAGUAGCCUUUUCAUCUUGUUACUUUCAGAAGCCAAUAACAUGAGGGAGUGCUCUGCAUAUUUAAAGUACAUUCUGUAUUGAGUGCUUCUGAUUAACUACGACUGCACAAGUCAUUCCAUUCAUUACUCUAUUUUUUAUUUUACAAAUAUUUGUACUUUCUGUGUUAUGGACAUGAAAUUAUAGCUCAACUCUAAUGAAUUACUUUAUAAGUGCAGUUGAAACUUGCUCAUCAAUUUAUCAAGUUUUCUUGAUGGGGACAGCAGGAGGUAGUAAUUUGGCAAAGACUUCUCUAUGUAUUUAGAAGAACAUUGGGGACUGUAACGGGUGUGGAAAUAUUUAAUUAAGCAAGUCUGAACCAAAUUAGAUUAACUGCCACUUGACAUUUAUGAUGAUCAAACCAAUUUUUUUUUUUCACUUCCUAUUCUUUCAGUAGUUUCAAGCAGUUACUUACUGUAAAUUUUUAUUUAAAGGAAGUUCCAGCAAUUCUUUUUUAAACUGUUUUAAUUUUUUGUUUUUUAAAUUGUAACUUAUUUGUUUGAUAUUACACAAAAAAAAAGUGCUAAAUUACCCGCUUUGCCAAUAAUGAUUAACAUAGUAUUGUUAAACGUAUAUUAUGUUAUUAUUGUUCAUUAUGUUUGUGUAACUUAUAACUUCAGAAUGAUUUUGUAAAAAAAAAACAAAUGACAUGGGGCAAAAUAAAUAUAAAUUGAGCUUUAAACAAUUAUUUUUAUCUAACUGCACAGACAUCAUAAAUAUAAUAUAUUCAAUUAUAUGUGUAAUUAUUAUUUAUAUUUACAUAAACUGGCCUAUACAUUUUUAUAUGGUUUUAAAUAUUUUAUUAUGUAAUCCAGAGUUAUUAUCAGUGGACUAUAGCAGGCGAAUCCGAUGCCCUUGUUUGUUUUAUUAACUUGACUCAUUUAGUGUUCACAUUUCUUUUUAUAAAUUGACAAGAACAAAUCAGACUUUUGAAUCUUUGCUUUAUGAUGAGUUAGAACAUACUGUCUUGAAAGCAUCUUUAUAUUUGUUUAAAUAUGUAUAUAACUAUGUCUCACAAAUACAAGCCUUGAUUAUGCUUUUUUUUUUUUUUUUUUUGUUUUUUACAAAGUCUUUUGUGGGUGGAAACAGUCAUCUGGAUCACAUUUUCUAUCAUUUCUUGUACAUUUUUUUUUUUCCAUUUAUUUUAGUAAAUGCAUUUGUUGACUGUGUCAUGAGUUUAAAAAAAUCCACUUAUUAUGUGUAUCUUUGCUGUUUUCUUCUAGGUCACAUGUUCUUGUUUGUUGUUUUUUUUUUUUACAAGACUUGCAAUUGUUAUUGUUUUGUCUCUCAAGUUUAUUGUAAUAAACGAAAAAAUACUAUUGAAAUCUCAGAUAUCCUUGUUUAUAAAGUAUUAUAAAGAUUUUUCACCUUUUAUAUGCAAUAUCUAUUUUCUUCUAAUUUUCAGGAUGCUUAUGAAUAUCCAUACAUUUUGGAUUAUUUUAUGAAGAAAUAAAAACAAUGUAUUAGAACCGCUAAAGAUUUACUCUGGCUACUUAGACAUUAUUGUCAUUACUCUCUUACCUUUGUGACUUCUCCUCAGACCAGAAGGUUUGCUCACAAUGAACUAAUGCUGUGUUGCCACACUUUAUCCAGACUUAAUAAUUGGCAUGGCAUUUUGUCUCAUAAGGUUCAAAUGUAAACUUACCCUUAUUGAUAAAAUCUAUAAGCAAUAAUUAAUAUUUUAAGUGAAAUUUUUUAAAAACUACAGCCGUUAAAUUUUAAAAUAAAAAAGAGUGUUGUUUUUUUGUUUAUUUAACCAAUAUUAUUGAAUUUGAAUUAUAUCAUUUUUACUGGGCUGCAAACUUUUACUUCACCUUUUUUUUUUUUUAAAUCUGUCAAGGUCUUAUUUAGUUGUUUUUUGUUUGUUUAUUAAGUUGUAAAAGAAGUGGUUAAACAGGGUCAGUGAUUUAUUGCCCUUCAUGUGUUUAGCUUCUAAGGCAUGCAUUUUAUGUGCUAAUAUUGCUAAACAGUUUACACUGGUGGCAUACUUUGCAAGGGUAUAACAUUUAUGCAACUUUUUUUUAGUUUUCAUUUGUAGAGUCUCAGUUAAUGUAAAUGAUGGUAUACUGAUAGUUAAAUAGAUUCCACUUGUGUCAACCUGUUAGUGAUUUCCUUAUAUGCCAUUAUUGGACAUACUCUCCAACCAUGAACAAAUGAUCAAUCAUAAACAAAUGUAAGUAAAUCUGAUAUGACAGUGAGCAUCAAUGAGAUACGAGGAAGAGAAAUUUUACUAUAAAUUGUAAGGGAUUAAUUACAAAAUCAUAUUAAACUAGCUGAUACUUGUUAUUUGCUACCUACUUUUGGCCAAAUACUUCUCUCCAAAAUGGUCCUACUCACACUCUCCAUCUAUUGGUUCUUCAAUUCUACAAUUGGAUACUAAAUAGUUCUUAUUAUUUAAAAUAUUCCCUUUCAACUAGUUUAUAUAUUGGGGUAGGAAAAAUCGCUUUGUUAUUAAGGUGUCUAUAAUAGAGGUAAUAUUUUCUAUUUAAAAUAAAAAUAAGGUUGUAUUUUAUGCUAUUAAACAUUUGUAUUUCACCAGUAUUAAAACUUAUUGGGUCCAAUCAAGGGUGACAAUAUCAAUUAUGGAAAAUUUUGAACAUGAAAAGUGCUUAUUUGUUCUAAUUACAUGUUAAGUAAAAACAGUUUAAAGUUUAAUUUUUUUUAGUCUACAAGUGGGACAAUUGAUGAUUAGUGUAUCAGUUAGUGAGCUAGGGCUUUGGCUUUUAUCUAUAUUGUUAUAACUGUGGUGGUGACAUGGUAGGAGUAAUCAGCCAACACAAACCACACAGGCCAGCAUACAUGAGUGGUUAAUCAUGAUGACAGGGAACUCUUAGAAAAGUUCUGUAAUCUGGAGACUCCAUGUGUAAAUCACUCGUGAUAAGGUCAUGUGAUCAUCUAGAAAGAACUGGAAACAUGUAAUGACAUUUCUGUCACAUUUGGGAAAGCCUUUGGGAACUCUAUAUAAAGAGUAAUGGUGUCAGUACAAUUCAAAGAACUGGCGACAUGUAUGUGGUGUUUCUGUCACGUUUGAGUGAGAAGAGUGAGAGUGUCAGGACAGUUCAAGUCCACUGUAAAGUCGGUCAGGUACUUUGAAUCCAGAGUAAAAUCUGUCGGGUACUGUAGAAUCCAGGAGGAGACAAAGAGGCCAGUAGAGUUUGGUACAGUAGUACAGUUUUCUGUGAAGCCUGAAGCAUUUAUAUUGUCACUGUUUUGUGUUCUCAAUUGUACAUUAUUGGCUGUUUAUUUAUUAGACUCGUUAAAGAAUUAUGUUCUGGAACCCAAGUUGUUCUUGAGUUGGUUGUGUUGUGCAGUGUUUGCAGAGUUUAAUAAGCAUAGCAAUAUAUAUGUAACAGUAAACAUUAGUUAAUAAGUUUAGAGCUCAACAUUUGUCUAGUGAGUACUCAGCAUGUUUUCUUGUGAGCUAGACUUGGUCCUUAUUAUUUUUAGCAAUGCUUAUGCUUCAAAAUAAAGUUGACUCAAAUGUUUUUAGAUUCAAUAUUCCCUGGUGAUAGGACCUAUGCAACUUAAGUCAAGACAAUAGUCAUACUUAUGAAGAUGCUACAGCCUUGUUAAUAACAAUAGUAAUGUGUCACUGACCACUUGGACUUAUCAGUCAUAGUUUACUGUAUUAACACUUACUUAUCUGUAGCUGCUUUUAUCUUGGACAAAUUUGACUCUGCUUAUUGGGUCUGUUUCUAGAUUCCAUAAAUUGCUUGAUUGUUGUGAUUAUUUUUUAAAAAAUCUUUGUUAUUAUUCAAAGUUUUUAAGUUACUGAAAUUGUCUUUCCUAGAUGUGUGCAUUGUGUUGUAUCUACUCGAGCUUUGUGGUCAUUUUCUGGUUAAUUUUAAUGUUCAGUAACUCUUAUAGCUAAUUUUUUAUGCAGAUAUUUAUGUAUUAAAUUCUAAAAUUGUAACUAACUUUUUAAACUAAGACUGUUUGUGAAUUAUAUGAGUUCUGAAAAAUACGAACAGGCUUAUUAUUAUUAAAAAUGAUUGUAAGUAAGAAAAUUUUUUUUAACAGCAAUUGUAUGUAGGUAUACAUUUUUUUGGUUAAAAAGAAUUGCUUUUUUUUUUUAAAUUCUCAAUAUUUAAAAAAACUUUGACUAGCCUUACUACUUGAAGCUAAGCUGCAGUCAUGGAGGCCUCAUUUGAAUGACAUCUAUCUAAAUAUAUGUUGCUUUCAAUAGUUUAUGCUUGAAAAUUAAGGCAUUUUGUCAUUUGUUUCUGAUAAUCAUUAUUGUACAACUGCGUUUAAAGGCUCAUGGGAUUUUGUAUGGCUACUGUUUUUCACACCAUCUAGAUCUAAGCAUACAAGUGAGUCAUAAAUUGUCACAAGGCUUAGCUUGUUCAUUUAUGUCUUUCCAAAUUUCUGUUCUUACGUUUUUAAGUGUAAUACUUUUGUAUUAUAAAAGCACACAGAAAUUGUUACAAAAAUGUAGUGCAAUAUUUUUUUUUCAUUUCCAUUUUUAUACAUUUCUUUGCACUUAAAAAUUAUGCUCACAAUUCUUCAAAUACUUUUUAUUACUAAACGUCUUUUAAGGCCAGUUGGUUCUAGUUAUUUAGUUAAAGUUGGCCUUAGACCAUGAGCAGACAAAGAUGCUGUGUCAUAACAUUCUUAACCAGUCAGGUAGUAAGGUCACAUACAAAGUAUCAGAUACUAAGUUAUCUUUCUUUGUUAGCAUCAACAUUGUUUAAUAAAUGGGUAGGUUUGAGUGUGGUUAAUAAAUAGAUGUUUAGUUGUGAUGCAUCAAAGGAGAAUGGGUGUGGAGAUAUGGAUCCAUUCAUUAUUUUAUGAGUAUCAGACAAGGCUAUUGAAAUAGCUGUAUGUAGAUCUAAAGGUCUUUGAUUUGUAGUUCAAAUUCAUUCUUUAAGUUUUAGGAAAGGAGACUUGAAAGAAACAUUAUAUUCUAUGUAUUAUAGCAUAGGAUGUGUUGUUUGUUGAAGAGAAGCUGUUGUUUUUUUUUCCUUUCAUUAUUCCUGCAUUUGGACUUUACUAGUGUAGCAGUAGGCUUCCUUCAUUCUUGAUUUAUUAUUUAAUGCCAUUUCAAUUGGAACUUUCAAUGUUUAAAUGAGACAUGAUUAUCUUCUGUAUUUUCUUGAAAUAUUUUUAUGAAAACAAAUACAUUUUUUUUUUCUAGACUAUAA